AUGGCAACAGAGAACAUGAUGGAGCCACCACUUGAGAAUAAGUCCAGUGUCCUACUAUUUACACUCUCUGGUCUCAAUGAAACAAUGGAAAACAGAUUUGUGUUUUUUUCAUUUACCACACUGUUUUAUCCAUUGAUGGUCUUUUGUAAUGUAACAGUAAUUUUCACUAUAAUCUCACAUAAGAAGCUUCACGAACCAAUGUAUCUGUUUAUCUGUAAUUUAUGUGUAAAUGGACUUUUUGGAACCUCUGGAUUUUACCCUAAAUUCAUGUAUGAUUUAUUAUCACAUGAUCAUGUGAUUUCUUAUGCUGGAUGUAUGAUUCAGAUAUUGGUAAUUUAUUCAUCUGCUUUGUGUGACCUUUUAACAUUAACAGCAAUGGCAUAUGACAGGUAUGUGGCAAUAUGUAGACCACUGGAGUAUCAUUCAAUAAUGACCAGUCAGAGGGUUUUCCGAUGUAUCCUUUUCUGCUGGCUGAUUUCAUUGUUUUGCAUUUCUGUUCUAAUUAUAUUACUUGCUAGACUUACUUUAUGUGGCUCUACUAUUGAAAAGUUAUAUUGUGAGAUUUGGGCAGUUGCAAAACUUUCAUGUUUUUCCACAACAGUAAAUAAUGUGUUUGGGUACAUUGUUAUUCUCGGCUACGUUGGACAUUCAGUAUUUAUAUUUUGCUCGUACAUUCAACUGAUUAAAAAGUGCAGGAGGUCAAUAGAGGGCAGGCACAAAUUCAUACAAACGUGUGUACCGCAUCUGCUUUCACUCAUCAAUGUGACUGCUGCAUUGUUAUUUGAUGUACUGUACAGUCGUUAUGGCUCAAAAAAUUUGCCACAAAGUGUGCGUAAUUUCAUGGCAAUGGAAUUCUUACUUGUACCACCCAUUUUAAAUCCCCUUAUAUAUGGUCUAAAUCUGAAAACAGUACGCCAGCAAGUUAUUACACUGUUUUUCAAGAAACAGGGAAUGUCUGGGUGA